AUGAUUCAAUUAAUUAAAAGAACACCUUUUUUGGCCCAAACGUGUGCUAGGAAUUUUGGAACAUCUGAAUUGCGGCUCGAUAAAGAUAGAUUGUCCAAAAUAAAAAAGUAUCAAGCUCAUUUUCAAGUUAUGAAUGAUCUUCCGGUUCACCUAAAAGGAGGAAGCCUAGAUGUAGUAUUAUAUUACACAUCAACAGCAUUAGUAAUUUUGGGUGUAGGAAUGUCUUUUAGAGCUAUGUAUCAGUUGGCAAAUAAGAAAUAA